AUGCCGGAGUUUAAGAGAGGUGAUAGGUGGCAGGACCUCGAUAUUAUGAAUUGGACAGUCAUAGACAAGUUCCAAGAGCCAAUCCAAACAGAUAGCGCGUCAUGUGGAUUGUUUAUGUUAAAUUGUAUGGAGUAUUGGACUGGAGAUAUUUUGUCUGAUAAUUUCACUCAGGAGGACAUGAAAGAAUUUCGACGAAAAUUAGCUGUCAUAUUGUUGGAGACAGAACUUAAUAAGUUAAAAGGAAGUCCAAUAUAUUAUCGGACUGACAAUGAAGAAAAUGUAUCUGACAAUGAAGAAAAUGUAUCUGAUUCUGAUGUUGAGUUUCUGGAGGACCGAAAGCGUAAGCGGCAAGAUUCACAUGAUGGAGCCGAAGACAAAAGCCCCCUUCGGAACCCCAUCAUGGCCGCGGACCCGCAAGAUUUAGUUGAUGAACUAUGCAACCACAUCAUGUCAAUUAAUGAUGCUACUUCCUUGGAGAAGGAGUGGGUGCGAAGUUCUAAACCCCAUCCGAUAGGAUUAAGUCUUAGAAGGAUCCAAGGUAUACUCCGCAGGGACCAGCCGUUGGACAUUGAUUGUUUCAACAUGGCUAUACGUAUACUUGCAAGUGACGAGGCCUUACUGACAAGAGAUCCUCCCGUGCGCUUUAUGGAUCUACAAUUUUGUACGGCCGUGAUUGAAGCUGCCCUCGCUUCCGCACGAAAUUUAGAUUCGCGGGUACAGCCAGAUAUUCAGGCGCUAGCAUCAUUGCUUCGUAGCUCGACUGAGAUAGACCACACCAUCUCAUCAUGCAAUUGGAUAUUGCUUCCUCAUGCAUUCCUCGGCCACUUCAUCUUGUUCGCAAUCGACAAACAUGCCUGUCAAGUAUCUAUUUUGGACCCACUUAUUCCGUCCUUAUCUUCAGAGAGAUAUGCAUUAAAAUUUCAGAGGGUUGCAUUCUACCUGAAUGAUGCACUCGAAUUAGCACAACCGGGUUGGAAGUCUGAUACAUUUUUCUGGCCACGUAAAUCACCAAUUGAUGUUCCGACGAGCGUAGACCGGGAUGAAUCUGGUUAUUUUGUUUUCAAUUUUAUGCUCUCAUGGCAUGGUAACAAAUUUGUUCGUCCAAUUUGCACGGAUGGUUAUCAGUUGAGAAAGAAUUUGUUGAUACACUUGCUCGAGUAUCAUGCGAAUGAAGCUAAAGACAACAUCCCGUAUGAUGUACGAGAAAUUCUCAAGUGCCUCAAGUAGGAAGUUAAUAAGAGAUAAUAAACUGGACUUGAUCUCUACGCAUCGGUAGUCAGACUAUAGUUUCUUUUUAUCAGAAUUUAUUUGUUCAUCUCCAUGGAUUUGUUUUCCGUAUUUGCCAUAUGUUGUGGCUAUUUAUUUAUAAGCUUUUGCGAUGCAAUAUGUAUUGGAGGGGGAAAAAGUUAAGCUUCGUCUGAAAUAGAUGCACUCAUUAUCUUAUUUUCAAUUUUAUGCUCUCUGGGAUGGUAACAAAUAUAUGCAAAGGCAUGUAAAUUUUUUUCCCUCUGUUAUAAAAUCUCGGUCGGUAUCUACCGACACAAUAUUUACUCUUUGAAAAAAAAAGUCUUGGGCAAUAUGCACUUAGCCUACGAAUCGCCCGCAAAAUGCAAAGGAAAAACGAAACAGCUUCACGCACGAUACUUGUGCCCGACCUGUGCACGACAAGCAUAUCCAGUGACUACUGCUGUUCUCAGUCGUGUAAGCAUGUGCGGCUGGAUUCCAUCGUCGUCUAGUUAUCGUGUAAUUUUUGUCGUGUGUAUAGCACCUCUCAAGGAAAAAAAGACUCGGCCUGCGAACCGAUUAAAAAAAGUGGAACUGUUUCCUCCCCCGGACGAGA